AUGCAGUUUUCCACUCUUUUCCUCGCCAUCGCCAUGCUCCAGGGCGCUAUCGCGACUCCUCAGCCUGAAGCGGCCGCUGGAGUUGAGACUCGCGAUCUUGAGACUCGCGAUAUUGAGCCCAGAGCUCCUACUAUGGGUGAUAUCCCAUGGCCAAGAAUGCCGGCCCUUAGACGCGCCGAGGCCAAGAAGACUGGCAAAGAUAGCGACUGCCCUUCCACUGGUGGGGGCAAUUCGCAAGGCAACGCCUGCUCCUCUGGAACUCAGUUCUGCUGUACCACUGACGGCGCUGGUGUUCAAACCUGCUCCAACUCUGAAGUUUGCAACGCAAAGAUCAUUUGCUGCAACAACAACAGCGGUUUCCAGAUGUGCAUUGGUGAGAUUGAUUUCAAUGCUCCUGUCACCAUCAACAUCAACAUCUACAAGGGUGGAAAGGGCGGAAAGGGUGGUAAGAGUGGCAAGGGGUACAAGGCUUAG